UCCCAAAAUCUGACCCGGAGCCGUCGAAAUUCCCCGGAUUUGGGAUUUUCCCCCCCAAAAAAAUUCGGGAUAAACUCGGAAUUCCGGGACGAGAUGCAGGAGAGCUACGAGAACGUCAUUUCCUUGGCCGAGGAGAUCGCCAUCAGUUGGCCGCGGAUCACGGCGUUCGCCGAAUCGCACCGGAGACGCGGCCUGGGCGCCGACGCCUCCCCGGCCUCGCCGAGCGACCGCGACGACGAGGAGCCGCCCCCGACCCCUCCGGCAAAACCCGAAAUCUCGGCAACGCCGCCCGACCCCAAAUCCUCUCCCGACCGCGACGACCCCAAACCCGAAACGCCGAGAGCGGAACCCCAAGCCCAAAAACGCCGCGGCAAAUCCGACUGCGGGAAACCCGCGAAAAAUUUACGGUGCCACGACUGCGGCAAAGCCUUGGCGUCGCCCAAACGCCGGCGGCGAACGGAGCGACCCCACAAAUGCCAGGAAUGCGGGAAGAGUUUCAGGUUAGGCUCCGGUUUGGCCACGCACCGACGCCGGCAUUCGGGCGAGAAUCCCUACAAAUGCCCCGAUUGCGGCAAAUCCUUCGGCGUCGGCUCGGCGUUCAUCCAGCACCGGCGCGUCCACGCCGGCGCGGCGCCGUGCCGCUGCGGCGUUUGCGGGAAGAGUUUCCCGGCCGGCUCGGGGUUGGUGAAGCAUCAAAAAAUUCACCAGGAGGAGAAACCGUACAAAUGCGGCGAUUGCGGGAAAGGGUUCAACUGGAAUUCCCACCUGGAGCGGCACCGGAGGAUUCACACCGGCGAGAAACCGUACGCGUGCCAAGAAUGUGGGAAAAGUUUCUCGUGGAGUUCCCACCUGGAUCGGCAUCGCCGAACCCACGCGGCGCCGGAAUGCGCCGAGUGCCACAAGGACGCGGCGAGAAACUCCAAAAUUCCCAAAAUCCGGCGGGAACCGGCGGAAAAACCCCCGAGGAGUUUCGGCGUCGCUGCCGGCAAACCCUACGAGUGCCGGGAAUGCGGGAAAAGUUUUUCUUGGAGUUCCCACUUGGAUCGGCACCGGCGCAUCCACAUGGGGGAGAAACCGUUCCGCUGCGGCAGCUGCGGCAAAAGUUUUUCCCAGAGCUCCCAUUUGGAGCGGCACCGGAAAAUCCACCGGGAGCCGUGCCGGGAAUGCGGCAAAAACGGGAAAAAAAACGGGAAAAGCUUCCCGAAACGCUGCCGGAUUUUGGGGGAGGCGGCGUGCGGGGAGUGCGGCUCGGCGUGGGAGAAAUGCGGGGAGUGCGGUAAAAAUUUGGAUCCGGGAUCGAAUUCGGGGUCGGAGGGCGGGAAUUUGAGUUUGGGGUCGGGUUUGGGGUCGGAGGGAGGGAAUUUGGGGUCGCACUUGAAGGAUCAAGGGACUCAAACGGGCGAGAAGCCGUUCGCCUGCCCGGAGUGCGGCAAAACCUUCGGGCAGAACUCGGCGCUGGCCAAGCACCGGCGCAUGCACACGGGCGAGAAACCCCACAAAUGCGGCGAGUGCGGCAAAAGCUUUGGCGUCCGCUCCAACCUCAUCAAGCACCAACGGACGCACCUGGGCGAGAAACCCUACAAGUGCCCCGAGUGCGGAAAAGGCUUCAUCCAAAAAUCCGACCUCACCAAGCACCGCCGGAUGCACACCGGCGAGAAACCCUACGCCUGCCGCGAGUGCGGCAAACGCUUCAGCGUCUCCUCCAACCUCAUCAAGCACCAACGCAUCCAUCUGGGCGAGAAACCCUUCCAGUGCGCCGAGUGCGGCAAGAGCUUCAUCCAGCGCUCCGAGCUCACCAUCCACCGGCGCGUGCACACCGGCGAGAAGCCCUACAAGUGCCAGGAGUGCGGGAAAUGCUUCAGCCGCAGCUCCCACCUCAACCGGCACCGGCGCACCCACGCCGGCGACAAGGCCGCUCGCGGCGCCGGUCAGGCCUCGGCGGCGUCGGCGGCGUCCUCGGCGUUGGCGCCCGGAGGUUUGGCCUUCCCGGCGUUCCCGGGGUCGUCGGCGGUGCCGGCGGCGUUGGAGCUACCCUGGGCGUUGGCGUUGCCGGGUCGGGCGUUCCCGGGUUUUCCGGCGGGGUCGGUGGGUAAUUAGUGAGGGGUGUUGAUUGGUUUGGGUUGGGUUUGUUCGGUGAUGGAGUGGGGAGGUGAGGGAUUCCCAGCAUUCCGUGGUGCCGGUGAGUUCCCGGCGUUCCCAGUGCUCCCAGUGCCCAACUGGGAUUGGCCAACCCAAAACCCAACAUUGGCUGGGUAUCCAUUUGUUCCCAUUCAAAUUUGGUGGCUAAUUAACAUUCUGUAAUUAAUUAGGGAUGGAUUCAUUCAUUCAUUAAUUGGGGAGAUGAGGGAUUCCCAUCAUUCCAUGGUUCCAGUGAAUUCCCAGUGCUCCCAGUGCCCAACUGGGAUUGGCCAACGCAAAACUCAACGUUGGGUUUGAUCCCAUUCAAUUUUUGUGGCUGAUUAAUGAUCUCUAAUUAAUUAGAGUUGGAUUUCUUCAUUAAUUAAGUUGGGGGAUGAGGGAUUCCCAGCAUUCCAUGGUUCCAGUGAGUUCCCAGUGCUCCCAGUGCUCCCAGUGCCCAACUGGGAUUGGCCAACAAAAAAACCCAACCUUGGCUUGGUCUCCAUUUGUUCCCAUUCAAAUUUGGUGGCUAAUUAACAAUCUCUAAUUAAUUAGGAAUGGAUUUGUUUGUUAAUUGAGUAGGGAGAUGAGAGAUUCCCAUCAUUCCAUGGUUCCGAUGAGUUCCCAGUGCUCCCAGUGCCCAACUGGGAUUGGCCAACCCAAAACCCAACGUUUGGUUGAUCCCAUUCAAUUUUUGUGGCUGAUUAACGAUCUCUAAUUAAUUAGGGGAUGAUUAAUUGAUUAAUUAAGUGGGGAGAUGAGGGAUUCCCAGCAUUCCAUGGUUCCGGUGAGUUCCCGGCGUUACCAGUGCUCCCAGUGCCCAAUUGGGAUUGGCCAACAAAAAAACCCAACCUUGGCUUGGUCUCCAUUUUUUCCCAUUCAAAUUUCACGGUUAAUUAACAAUCUCUAAUUAAUUAGGGAUGGAUUCAUUCAUUAAUGAAGUUGGGAGAUGAGGGAUUCCCAGCAUUCCAUGGUGCCGGUGAGUUCCCAGUGCUCCCAGUGCCCAACUGGGAUUGGCCAACCCAAAACCCAACCUUGGCUUGGUUCCCAUUUGUUCCCAUUCAAAUUUGGUGGCUAAUUAACGAUCUCUAAUUAAUUAGGGAUGGAUUCAUUCAUUAAUUAAGUUAGGGGAUGAGGGAUUCCCAGCAUUCCAUGGUUCCGGUGAGUUCCCGGCAUUCCCAGUGCUCCCAGUGCCCAACUGGGAUUGGCCAAC